AUGUGGGCUGCAGUACAUUUUGAUGCAGACAACUCUGUUGAUUAUGUACCUUCAGGAUGGAUACGAAAAAAUAGAAUUAAACUGUUAAGUGGAUGGCCAAAGAAUGAUGCUUCUUUGAAAAACUUCAGGUCAAAUCCACACAAACAAACAAGACUUUUACCUAUUAAGAUCGCCACACACUGCAGCGGUGGUGUAUCUGUGAUUGAUGGCAGCAAUGUUGAUAAAGACUAUAUACCUAUAAACAAAGAUGAAAACACGAUGCUACUGAAAUCUGGCUUACUAAUGGUUUAUAGUGAAGUAAAUUAUCAGAGUAUGGAUGCAGAAGAUAUACAAAACAAUAAACCAGGAUUUUUUAUCUCACCAACACAACUCAAUUUGAUUGUCGCAAAAUUAAAUUGCAUAGAAAUAUACCUAAUUAAUGAAUGUGGUCUCUUGUUACUAUCAGAAAUGGAACUCAAUGGAAAAAUUGAAAUAAUGAAAGUUUUUAGACCUAAAAACAAAAAUGUAGACCUUGUAUUUGUAGUGACUGCUGAAUAUAACGCAAUGAUUUUAGAAUUUACUCAGGCAUCUAAUAAAAUUGAAAUAAUGACAAAAGGUCAUUGUAAUGUAUUUGAUCAUUUUGGAAUUGCAACAGAAUUUAUGGCCAAAAUUGAUCCAAAUGCCAAAAUAGUUAUGCUAAAACUAUUUGAACAAAUGUUCAAAAUCAUACCUUUAGACAAAGAGGGUGAACUCGAAGUAUAUUCUAUAACAAUGGAAGAAACAAAUGUACAAGAUUUCGAUUUUUUGUAUGGUUUUACUAACCCUACAAUUAUAAUUAUACAUGAGAAUAUUAUGGGCAGAAAUAUUAAAAUUAAAGAAAUUAUUGUUAAUUUUAUAACAUGUUUUGAGAAUUCUAAGAAAUAUAAAAGUAUUGAAAAAGAAGCUUCAAUGAUUAUUCCUGUUCCUGAGCCUCUCUUUGGUGUAAUUAUUAUUGGUGAAAAUUCAAUAUUUUAUCAUGAUGGCUCCUUUAAUAUUAUUCAUCUUCCCAUUAGACAGAAAAUCGGUAUUGUAUGUUAUACUAGAGUUGAUAUAGAAGGAACUAGAUAUUUACUUGGAGAUCAUUCAGGAUGUUUACUUAUGUUAUUUUUAAAGUAUGAAAAAACAUCAAACGGAAAAUUUAAAGUGACAGACCUAACUUUAGGUUAUUUUGGAGAAAUUAGUAUACCCGUAUCACUUACAUACUUGGAUAACAAAGUAAUUUAUGUCGCGUCUAAAUUUGGUGACUCUCAACUCAUUAAAUUACAUUAUGAAUUUAAUCAAUCUGGUUCGCAUGUUGCAGUAUUAGAUCAAUAUCUUAAUUUAGGACCAAUUGUUGAUAUGUGCUUAGUUGAUAUUGACCAACGUGGUCAAGAACAAAUUGUUACUUGUUCAGGGGCAUAUAAAGACGGAUCUCUUAGAGUCAUAAAUAAUGGAGUAGGGAUUCAAGAAAUAGCUACAAUUGAUUUACUUGGAAUUAAAGGGAUUUGGUCUCUAAGUUUUAACACUAAAAGUGAUUUAGAUGAUACAUUAGUAUUAUCUUAUGUUUGGCAUAGUAAAGUGUUGACAUUUAAUGAUGAAGAAGCAGAAGAAAUACAUGUUGAAGGGUUUGAAUCUGAGUUACAAACGUUUUACUGUGGUAAAACAUUAGAUAAUAAGAUGGUUCAAAUAACAACUGCUAGUGUUCGGUUAAUUUGUAUGGAAACAAAAAAAUUAAUAAGUGAAUGGAAAAUACCGAAUUACAGAAAUAUUAAUGCUGUAUCAUGUAAUGAUCGUCAAGCGGUUUGCUCUUCAGGAUAUGAUCUGUAUUAUAUAGAAAUUGGAUCUCAGCAGAUUUUCCAGAAUAAGCGUAUUACAUUAGAACAUGAAGCAUCUUGUCUUGACAUUUGUUCAUUUAAAGACAAAUUUGGUGAAACUAUUAUUUUGCUUGCUAUUGGUUUGUGGACAAAAACAUCUAUUAAAGUACUUAAACUUCCAGAUUUUGUAGAACUUGUAAAUGAACCUUUAUGUGAAGGAAUCGUUCCUCGAUCAAUAUCCUUUGUUACAUUAGAAGAUAUACACUACUUAUUUUGUGCAUUGGGAAAUGGGAGUUUAUGUUAUUUUUACUUAAAUAUUGAAACUGGUGAAUUAUAUAAAAAUGGAAAGAUUAAACUUGGAUAUCGACCAGCUUUAAUUAAAAAGUUUCAAACUACUUCAAGUAUUUUCAUAUGUUCAGAUUACCCAAUUAUAAUUCAUUCUUCUAAUAAAAAUCUGAUUUUUACUAAUGUCAAUUCAAUAAAAGUUAAUUAUUUAUGUAUGAUUAAUACAAAUAAUUAUCCCAAUAGUUUGAUUCUGGCUACAGACACCGCUCUUAUUAUUGGUGUUAUUGAUAUGGAGAAAAAACAUCACGUACGUACUAUUCCUCUAGGAGAAUCUCCUCGGCGAAUUGCAUACCAAGGAGCAAGCAAAACAUUUGGCAUAACAACUAUCAAAAAAAAUAUUAAAGAUGAAAUAAUAAUAGAAUCUGUUCAGCCUAGUGCUAGUACUAGAACACAGAAUAUUUCUAGUGCAAUGGGAAAUCGUUCUUUAGAUGUUCAACAAUGUAGUAGUAGAGAAAUUUCAUUAAGUGACAAUGAUUUCAAUACUGAAUUUGACAAAAGCAGUAUGAUUAUAUUACAUCAUAAGACUUUUGAAAUACAUGUUUAUCAAUUAUAUUCUAACGAAUAUGCAUUAAGCAUCAUAUCAACUAAAUUGGGAAAUGAUCCAAACACUUAUUAUAUUUUGGGAACGGCUUUUAUGACAGAUGAAUGUCAAGAUUCUAAUGAAGGUCGAAUUGUUGUAUUCUACUAUAAUUCUUCUUUAUCAAAACUGACGCAAAUAUCAGAAAAAAUAGUUAAUGGUGGAUGUUUUAGCAUGGUUACAUUUCAUGACAUGCUCGUAGCUACAGUUAAUAGUUCAGUACAAUUAUAUAGCUGGAAUCAUGAAAAAAAACUUGUCCUCCGAUGUACACAAAAUAAUAACAGUAUAUCUCAGUAUAUUAAAACUAAUGGAAAAUAUAUUCUUUGUGGUGAUGUAAUGAAAUCAUUAGCACUAUUCAAGUACAAAACUGAUGAAAUCAAUCUAGAAAAGAUAGUUACAGAUGAUUGUCUAAAAUGGUCAUCUGCCAUAGAGAUUAUUGAUAAUGAUUUAUUUAUGGGAGCAGAAAAUGAUAAAUACCUAUAUGUUUUUUUUCAAGAAAUCGGUCGAUUCCACUUGGGUGAUUUGGUAAACGUUUUUAAGCAUGGUUCAUCAGUUAUGAAACAAUUUGAAAAUGGGUAUGAAACACAGUUGUCAGUUCAAGGAAGUAUUUUUUAUGGCACAAUUAGUGGAGCUCUUGGAUUUAUCACAAAAAUGAGUCCAAAACUGUUUGGAUUCCUGUCAGAUUUGGAGAUGAGCUUAGCUACUGUUGUUCAUGGAACAGGAAUGAUACCCCAUCAUCAUCAAAUAGAACUCACAAAAUCUAAUAAAGGAUUUUAUGAUGGGAAUUUGAUAAAAAGUUUUUUGAAAUUGCCUGUUAAUGAUAUGGAGUCAGUUAUCAAAGGACUAAAGGGAUCAUAUGAUUGUGAAUUCCAGAAAAUAUUGGGACAGACAGAGAUUGGUAUUAAAGAUGUGACCUAUCUCAUUGAAGAUUUAACUAGAUUAUAUUAA